AUGGACGAGUCCAAAAAUUGUCGCGCGCCGUUCCACUUGCUAGAGCCUAGAGACUGGGAAGCAAAGCAAUUCGAAAAUCCAUCAAUGGCGUCGUUGUUCUGUACGCUGUCUGCUGCAAAGCUUCCUGAUCUCAAGCUCUACUAUUCAAUGGCUGUCCCAAACGACUUCCCUUCCAAUACCCACGACUCCAACCACCAGUAG